CCGAAUUAGCGCGAAGUCACAAUCAAAGUGCAUGAAUAAUGGAUGUUUGUAGCACAGUUAAACAAAAGCACAUUAAAUCAGUCACUGGUACAGUUGGUUAUAAUAAUAAUUGUUUUCAAUAAACCAAUCGUGUUCUCGUGAUAAAAGUGAGUCACUACAGAAGUGCGCGAGGAGUUGUAGGCGCUACAGGAGUUAUAACUUUUCGUGACGCGAUGGCUACUGCACGCAUCCUCAGAUCCAGUAUCGUUCGUAAUUAUGGACUACGCUUUAAACAUACAUUGCCCCCUUUACCAUACGAACACAAUGCUUUGGAACCUGUAAUAUCAGGAGAAAUUAUGCAGUUACAUCAUUCCAAACAUCAUGCAGCAUAUGUUAACAAUCUCAAUAUUGCUGAGGAACAGCUUGCUGAAGCUAUCUCGAAAAAUGACGUUACAAAAAUAAUAUCUCUUCAGCCAGCACUCCGCUUUAAUGGUGGAGGACAUAUCAAUCACUGCAUCUUUUGGCAUAAUCUUAGUUCCAAAGGUGGGGGUGUCCCUACGGGUAGUUUGGCUAAUGCUAUUAAUGAUGAGUUUGGAUCGUUCGAUAACUUCAAGUCAAAGCUGUCUGCUGCCACAAUUGCUAUCCAGGGUUCGGGUUGGGGUUGGCUUGGAUAUAAUCCCAACACAAAGCGUUUACAAAUUGCCACAUGCGCUAAUCAAGACCCUCUUGAAGGGACUAUGGGUUUGAAACCUUUACUUGGGAUAGACGUUUGGGAGCAUGCAUAUUAUCUUCAGUACAAAAAUGUACGUCCAGACUAUGUAAAGGCGAUUUGGGAUAUUAUAAAUUGGAGCGAUGUAGCUAAACGAUUCGAUCUAUGUAGAAAAUAAUUUCAUCGUACUAUCGUCUGUCAAACUCAGAACUGUCUCAUCAUCUUCUUUUGUACGAUUUUCAGCAGUAGUUUCGUUAUAUCCUGCUAUUUCUACGUCAAAUUGGUUAUUUCUCAAUAAUAAAUUCAUUUACAAGUAA